AUGGCCGCCAACAACGUCGGGCCGGCAGCUCAGGCAGCCGCUGGUAUGCCGGCUCGCGGAGAACAGAAGAAGAUCUAUCUCAGCGCGCAGCUUUUGACCUGCGCACCCAGACCGCAAGCGAGCGUCGAUGCCCCGGAACUCGCCGUGUCUGAGCUGGUCAAUGAAGGGGAGGACCCACUCCAAGCUACAGGCCUGAUCCGAGCAGGUGUUAGGGUCGUCCGGGAUAUUGCAGAGCCACAUCGACCCUGGGGCCCGACCGACGCCAGUCGACGGCCGAUGUGGCUCUGCAAUAUCCCGGACGACGCUAACACCCGUCUCGGAUUGGCCAGACGGCUCGAGUCUUCCCUGCGCGCUAUCGAACGCCCCGACCAGGCCUGUAGCUUGGAGUGGGUCCUCCACUUCAUUGACCAGCUCAGACACGGCGAGUUCCGGGGCAUCGACGCUCGCUUGCGGCUGUUGAAAAAGACACUCCGUUCUCAAACUUUCCACCCCAACUAA